AUGAAUCUCCUUCUCAGCGACGAUUACCUCCUACAAGAUUACCCGGAGAACAUCACAAACACGAUCCGCUCCGGCCAUACAACAUGCCUACGUUUCAAUCGCCGCGGUGACUUUCUCGCUUCGGGCCGCGUCGAUGGAACAGUCGUUGUCUGGGAUCUAGAAACGAUAGGCGUGGCGCGCAAACUUCGAGGCCAUAGAGCGGCUAUCACAAGUUUGAGCUGGUCGCGAUGCGGACGAUAUCUGCUAAGCGCAUGCCAAGGAUGGAGGGCAGUACUCUGGGAUUUGGAAGCUGGUACACCGUACAGAGAAGUCAGGUUUCGAGCACCGGUCUACACAGCAGAUCUACACCCCUGGAAUCACCACCAAUUCGUCGCCUCCAUUUUCGAGCAGGCGCCGUGCUUGGUGGACGUUACCGACCCGAUUGAUGUCAAGCACACGCUGCCCUCUGCGCCGAGGCGACACAACGAGGACGCAGAUACUGCGACGAAAGAGAAACACGCCAAAGAAGAUGCCAAGCAGCAGACCACUGCGACGGUGUACUCGGCCACGGGCGACCAUAUAUUAGCGGGCACGAACAAGGGCAAGCUGAACAUCAUCGACACGAAUACACACGAGGUCAUAUGGUCCGAGAAAAUAUGCAGCGGCGUGGUCACAACAGCCCGUUUGACGGCGUCUGGGAGAGAAUUGCUUGUCAACUCGCAAGAUCGCAUCAUACGAACCUUCAACGUACCCAACCUGUCGGCCGAAGACCUCGACCCGGAUACAAUACAGGUCCCGCUCGAGCACAAGUUUCAAGAUGUGGUUAAUCGUCUGUCAUGGAAUCAUGUCACCUUCAGUGCUACAGGCGAAUACGUUGCAGCGUCUACGUACAACAACCAUGAGAUCUACAUAUGGGAGCGUAGCCACGGUUCUCUCGUGCGCAUGCUGGAGGGCCCAAAGGAAGAGCAGGGCGUCAUCGAGUGGCAUCCGCAUCGUGCAGUGCUUGCUGCCUGUGGGCUCGAGACAGGUCGUAUCUAUAUCUGGAGCGUAACAAGCCCGCAGAAGUGGUCGGCGCUCGCCCCCGACUUUAUGGAAGUUGAGGAGAAUGUCGAGUAUGUGGAGAAGGAAGACGAGUUCGAUAUACACCCCCAAGAAGAAAUCAAGAGAAGGCAACUGGAUGCUGAAGACGAAGAUAUCGAUGUGCUGACACUUGAUCCACGUAUCAAGGGCUAUGAUGAUGGUGCAACAGUCAAUGGCACUGGUUUUAGGAUGCCGGUGCUCUAUGACUUGGGUGCGAGCGAUAGCGAGGAGGAGUUUGUGGCCGUCUCUACUGGCACCGUACGUAGGAGAAGUAUGGGUGAAGCAGGCGAGGGCCAUGAUGAUGUGGAAGAUAAGACUGCAGCGGGUAGCAAGAAGCCUGCUUCAAAAGCAGCCAAACCCAGGAGGAGGUAA